AUGCAGCGCAUGAAUGGCCUACUGCACACCACAUCGUUACAACUCGCCCAAAAGGACCAUUCGCACACACACGCCAGCCCUCCCAUCAUCGGCCAGAAGCGCUCCUUGUCUACCGCUGCUCACAAUGAAAACGACCGAGGCCCACAAUCAGCUGCCAAACCGGCGGUUAUCUUCAAGCGCUCCAUCGCUCUGCCGAAUGCUCCAUCCAAACUAACCCCGAGCCUCAUUACGACACUUGGGCCGCCGUCCCUGGGCGAGGGCGAAUAUACGCAACGCCAUAAACUUGCUGCGACUCCAUCAUCAUCGCUAGACCCCGAGCUGCACUUGUCGCAUACCGUCUACAACCUGCCGACGCAGCUCGUAGCCAAUUUUGCAGCACUUGGCAUUAAUCACAUUUAUCCCUGGCAGCGAAACUGUCUUAGAGGUCCUGGACUGCUCUCCGGUGAGCGCAACCUGGUCUAUUGUGCUCCAACUGGUGGUGGCAAAUCCUUAGUCGCCGACUUGCUUAUGUUGAAGCGUAUCCUCCACUCGCGCGAAUCCAAGGCCCUACUUGUCCUUCCCUACGUGGCUCUCGUCCAGGAAAAGGUGCGAUGGCUGCGCCAGCUUGUUGAAGGCCUCAAAUAUUCGCCGGCCGCUGAAAAAGACCCGCACGCCCCUUUCAGUUCUCGGCCUGCUCAGGAUGGCUUGCGGGUGGUUGGCUUCUUUGGUGGCGGCAAAGUCAGGGCCACCUGGGAUGAUUUUGAGAUUGGCGUCUGCACACUGGAAAAGGCCAACAUGCUUAUCAAUACAGCCAUCGAAGACUGCUCCGUUGCCAAACUCCAGGCCGUAGUACUGGACGAAUUGCACAUGGUUGACGACGAACACCGAGGCUACACCUUGGAACUCAUUGCUACAAAAUUGCUUAGCCUAGAACACACUGUUCAAAUAGUUGGCAUGAGUGCCACCAUUCCCAACAUGGACCUAAUGGCCAAAUGGCUCAACGCACACUCUUUUGAGACACGAUACAGACCUGUUCCUAUUGAGGAGCACCUCGUUUGUAACGGCGCCGUAUUUGCUGCCGAUAACCCGCUUGGUCUCCCCGACACCAUCAGCCAGCUCCAGAAUGGUGUUGUCAAGGCUAUUCGAACGAUUGCUCCUUCUUCGCACAAAGAGCUGUCCGACCCUGUCCUGAACGCCGUCGUCACACUUGCACAUGAAACUGCAUCUGCGGGCUAUGGUGUCCUCGUAUUUGCGGGCAGUCGCGGCAUGACCGAGUCGGUGGCACGAUGCAUCAGCCGAGUGAUGCCAGACAUUUCUGAGAUUCACGAAACAAUAUUAGAGAAACGAAUUGACUUGCUAGAUGAACUUCGAAGUUUACCAACCGGCCUUGACCACAUAUUGGAGGAGACGGUGUUGUUUGGUGUUGCAUUUCAUCGUAUGUCAUCCUCUGACUUUAUCCCUUGCCUUGCUAAUUUUCCUCUAGAUGCUGGCAUAACCGCCGAAGAAAGAGACCUGAUAGCGGCUGCAUACGACUCUGGUACCUUGCUAGUCUGUGUCGCCACCUGCAGCCUUGCUGCCGGCAUCAACCUGCCAGCACGACGUGUCAUUUUGCACAAUGCCAGGAUGGGCCGUGACUUUGUGGGGCCAGCCAUGCUACGGCAGAUGCGAGGGCGCGCUGGUCGCCAAGGCAAGUCACCCAUUGGUGAGACGUACCUGUGCUGCCGCGAGGCCGACUUGGAACCUGUCGUGCAGCUGAUCAAGGCGGAGCUACCCAAAGUUAUGAGCUGUUUGACGUCGGAGAAUCGCCGCGUUCAGCGUGCUGUCUUGGAAGUAAUUGCUGUACGCUUGGCUACUAGCUAUGACUCUAUUCGCUUCUACUUUGCAAAAUCUCUUCUAGCUCUCACCCAAGACCUCUCCAGAGUCGAUGACGAUCUAAAGGCUAGCUUGAAGGACCUCGAGGGUCUAGAGCUCAUCGAGUCGGACGCCUUUGGUAACUACGCGCCCACGCAGCUUGGAAGGGCCAUUGUGGCGUCCGCAAUUGACCCGGACGACGGCAUAUUUGUGCACCGCGAGCUCGUCAAGGCGCUACGGGCCUUUGUCAUGGACGGCGAGCUACACAUUCUCUAUGUCUUUACGCCAGUGCAGGAUCUAGGUAUCACGGUCAAUUGGCAGGUGUUUCGCAAUGAGCUACAGCUUCUUGAUGACAGCGGACUGCGCGUUCUACGGUUCCUGGCAAUAAAGCCGACUGCUAUACUCAAGUUUGCGCAAGGCGUCCCGGUGCCCAAAAACACACCGGAAGAAAAGGAAAUGUCCCGCGUAUAUAAACGCUUCUAUCUUGCACUUCAACUUCGUGAUUUGUGCAAUGAAAUGCCGGUCCACAUUGUCGCACGCAAGUAUGACGCACCGCGAGGCUCUGUGCAAACACUGUCGCAAACCUGCCAUGGAUUCGCUGCCGGCGUGAUCAAGUUUUGCCAGUUUAUGGACUGGGGUCUUAUGGCAGCCGCCCUAGAUCACUUUUCCGAUCGCCUCCUGGCAGGCGCUCGAACCGAGCUACUUAGUCUCGCAAAGAUACCAUUUAUCAAGAGCCGCACGGCGCGUGUUUUCUGGGAAAAUGGGUUCCGCACCGUGGGCACCAUUGCCAAUGCUGAUCCUAAAGAGCUUGUGCCUAUAUUGAAACAGGCAAAUCCUAGCAAGAUACGAGUCAAGGGUCUAGACAUUGCCAAGUACGAGGACAAGCUGCUGGCCAAGGCCAAUAUCAUAUCUGCUUCCGCCAACAGAUUAUGGAGUAUACAAAUGCAAGCAGAAAUGGAACUGGAAUGA